CCUCCCCCUCCUCUCUCCCAUCUUCCCCAUCUUCCCUGGGAAUCUGCUCCUUCCUCCGUCUCCUGCAGAACAUCCUUCCCUCUUCUCCCUAUUUUCCCUGCUCCCUCUUCCCUUCCUCUCCUGCCCUGUUCCACCGCUCCAUCUGUGCUGUGUGUGUGUGUGUGUGCUUGGCCUUCCAUUGUGUAUGUUCACUGUGUAUCAUAGCCUUGUGUGUCUGUGUGUCACAGCAUUGUGUGUCUGUGGGUGCUCCUGUGUGUGUAUGUGUGUGUAUCAAUAAUGUGUGAGAGACAGCAGUGUAGUAGUGUACACUGUAUGUGUGAGAGAGUGUGUGCAGCCUGCAUCUAACAACAGUGUGUGUGUAUGACCUGUAUAAAGAACCCAAACAUUAUGUGUGUUUAUGUGUGACUGUUACAUUCCACUGUGUGGAUUGUGUUAGUGAUACCGUGUGUCAGUGGCUGUGUAUUUGCAGCCUUAGUGAACUUUGUAUGCAACAUCACAAUUUGAUACAAGGAAAAGCAGCUGGUGGGAUUGUGCCCCAGUGCACUUGAUAACAAUGCUUGUGACAAUGUGUGUCAGAGUGUGUAAGUUGUGCGGCUAGGCCUCAGUGUAUCUACACUAUUACUGUGUGUUUGCCUUUGUUUAUGUGGAGCUACCCAGUGCAAGGGCGGUUGUGUUUGUUUUGUCUCUGCCUGUGAAUGUGAGUGACCCAUUCUGCAACAUCACACUGGCAUAUCAGCAUUCCCACACCUUCCCAUAUACACAUACACACAAUUGCACUGCCUCUGUUCCACUCUGGGGCUAUUCCUCCCAUUACUCCUCUCCCAGACUUCAUGUUGGAUUGGAGUGCAAUGACUGACAGAGCAGGCCUUGGAUUUGGGGUGGCACGUUGCUACAGACUGGGGAAUGACUCCCCCAAUUAAUCCCCUGUUGUACUGGAUUGUUGAGAGAUUCCACUUCCCUGUUUGUGGCUCAUCGCUUGGCCAUGUCCCCCCCUGCAUCAGCGGCAAGUGAAAGCAGCACAGGAUCAGUACCGCAGGAGGAACCCGAUGCUCUGCGAGAACUGCAAAGGCCAGUCAAGCAGUCACUCAGAAAGUCUCUGUGCCGGGAGUCCCACUGGAAAUGUUUCCUGCUCUCCUUGCUCAUCUAUGGCUGCAUGGGAGCGAUGAUCUGGUGCCACGUUACCAAGGUCACUCGUCUGACCUUUGACAGCGCAUACAAGGGCAACUCUAUGAUGUACCAUGAUAGCCCUUGCUCCAACGGAUAUGUCUACAUCCCACUGGCGUUCCUUAUGAUGCUGUACGUGGUGUACCUGGUGGAAUGUUGGCACUGCUACACAGGGAAUGAGAUGCAGUAUAAGGUGGACCUGGAAAGUGUGCAGGAACGUGUGCAGAGAAUGCAACAGGCCACUCCAUGCAUCUGGUGGAAGGCCAUCAGUUAUCAUUACGUGCGCAGGACACGCCAAGUGACGAGGUAUCGUAAUGGAGAUGCUUACACCACCACCCAAGUGUACCAUGAGCGGGUCAAUACCCACGUGGCAGAGUCUGAGUUUGAUUAUUCCAACUGUGGGGUCAAGGACGCCUCCAAGGAUCUCACUGACCUGGACAGUUACCCUGUCACCCGGCUGAGGUUUACCAAGUGCUUUAGCUUCGCCAAUGUUGAAUCAGAGAACACAUACUUGACCCAACGAGCUCGAUUCUUCACUGAGAACGAGGGGCUGGAUGACUACAUGGAGGCUCGAGAGGGCAUGCAUCUAAAAAAUUUGGAUUUUAAGGAAUACAUGGUUGCAUUUUCUGACCCAGAUAAUCUUCCAUGGUAUGUGUCGCACUAUGUUUUCUGGGCAGCGGCCCUCCUCACUUUUUCUUGGCCCUUGAGAGUACUGAAUGAAUACCGCACUUCACACGUACACUACCAUGUAGAAAAACUCUUUGGCUUUGACUACACACCAGUAACAUCCUCUGAGGAGAGGACGCUAUGCCAGAGGAUGCCACGAGUGAACACCAUUGAUAGCACUGAGUUAGAGUGGCAUAUUCGGUCCAACCAACAGUUGGUGCCCAGCUAUUCUGAAGCUGUUUUGAUGGAUCUAGUAGGCAUCUCAACAAGCUACACUGCUUGCCAGUACACACGGGGCUACCGUCAGAACUGUGAUAGGUGCCACCGAACCAUCAGUAGUUCUUCCAUCUUCUCUCGCAGUGCUUUGAGCAUCUGUAAUGCCACUCCUAGAAUCCCCUUCAGCAGUAGUCGAUUCUCCCUUGGGCGGCUGUAUGGGUCACGCCGUAGUUGCCUGUGGCAAAGUCAUAGUGAGAGCUUAAAUGAGCAAGGUGGCGCCACAGAGCAGACACGGCUCUCCAGUCAGGUUACAGUAGAAGAAGAAGAACCCCCACCCUACCAGGAUGCCCUCUACUUCCCUAUCCUUAUUGUCCAUCGUAACGAGGGCUGCCGAAACCAUGAUCAUCGGCGUCUCCAUCGCAAUGGGUCCUGUGUGGAGACAUCACUGUGAAACCCAUUGGGAGAGUAAUGGUUUUUACUGGGGAUUUUCACAUCAAGAAACAAGAAAGCAUGGCCUAUCCUAAGACUCAAGUCUUUGCUAAUCCCAGAGCAGAGGGAGCAGCAGAACCUCAGAUCCUUGUGUUUUGGAAGAGGUGGAUUGUUUGGCCAUGGCCCUUUAACAGACAAGUUGUCCAAAGAGCUUCUGAAUGUGCAUUGCUUAUUCACUAAAAAACAAGUGAUCUGCAGAACUUGUAAAGAGUUGUAGAAUACGGCACCUCCAGCUGGUACAAUCAAUGGUAGUCAGUAUGAGGGGGCAGUUACACUAUUUGGGAAUAAAGCAAAAAUCAGCAUGACUAUAGGAUGUGCCUGAUACAUAUUCUCAAUUAAAGGAGGUGUCCAGUUUUUGUCACACCCUGAACAUCUUUAAUCCAAUGUGGACUCUACACUUUGAUCAGGGAUGAUCAGUACAAACAGGCUGAUCUGCUAAGGAUAUUCACUAUCAAAUAAUAUGACAAUAGUUGAUGCAAAUGGCUAUGGCAGCAGUAGAAUUCGCCGCCAUUCACAUAUCAUUUCCUCAUGCUGUGUUUCUGGAUUAAAUAGGGGAAGGAUUGCUUUAUGAAGGAGCAACGUAUCUCCUCUGUUUCAUACUUACACAGCAGUGUGUGUGCAGCAGCCAUUAAUAAUGGAUGUGCCAAUGACCGCUGACAUUUGCUAAUAGCAAUCCAUUAGAGAUGGAGAAGAGCUGAUAAUGAUAAAACAUGAACGAGAGGGGGGUGACAGGGAGAACUCUUAACCCCCUCGACUCCUUGUGUGAUAUCAGAACCAUAUACUUACCUUCAUGUGACAUGAGCCACGGAACAUGCACAAGUCAAUCAGCUUCAUGGGAGGCCUUUUUAUAUGGAACGUUUGGGAAAAGAGAAGGGCCAAUCGGAUCGCUUGAUUGUUCUCAGAGUAUGAAUGAGCCUUUUUGGUCAUUCUGUGCAGAAUGUUAAGAGAUUGUAUAUACACAGAUUUACACAUGAGAAGAAAGUGUUACACAUGAGUGUCGCCUUAUAGUAUCCUCUGAAUUAGUGUUUCACGCACCCCUCUGUGCUGUAGUUUGUGAGUAGCAGCCAGUGGACCAUCAGGGUCAGUAAGUCGAGGGGUCACAUAGGAGAUACACGCAUGUUCAUGUUCACACUUUUAAUCUUGUCAAAUGUUACACUCCUUUGCUCAUCAGCUGAAUGCAUGUUUUUCCUUUGGGUACUUAUUCACUACUACAUGCCGCCAUGUCCCCAGUUAAUAUGUCUCAGCCAGCCUGGGGGUAGGGGGGAGAGUAAUAGCGGGCCUGGUGGGGUCGUAAUUGUGUACAAAAGAGACCAUUUUAGUAGGGAUGCACAGAAUCCAGGAUUCAGUUCGGGAUUCGGCCAGGAUUCUGCCUUUUUG